CUUUCUCUCUCAAGCACUGGAAGGUCCAGUGCUCCGACCACCGCGCGCAAAACUCCCCGACCGCCGUGAGCCACCGGACAGCCGGCCACCGCCGCCGUUCGUCCCACCGAGCUUGUGCCGUAGGUUCAACAACCUAGCACAAACCACGCUCAGAGCGAGCACAGACCCAACAUCGCUGUUGGAUCUGGCCGGAUUUGUCGACUGCGGCUCACCUCCUUAACGUCGCCGGCCGCUGCCGCUGCCACGGCCCGCAGCGCCACCCAGCGCCGGGACCUUGACCGGGAACGCCUCUCGCGAUUCCACCCGGGGCCGCGGCUGCAUCUGCCGCCCUCCGGGGACGCCCAUGGCGACCACGCCGGAGACGCUGCCCAACUCGGAAGCCGUCUCCCACGCAUACAAGUUUGCCUCCACCUGGGAGAAGAACGCCCCGCUCACGGAGCAGCAGAAUGCCGCGAUCGCCGCGCUCUCCCGCGCCGUCUCCGAGCGCCCGUUCCCGGCUAACCUGGAGAAAAGUUUAGUGAAGGAUGGGGGUGCUAUUGUGCCAGAAAAAGAGGCUGCUUUAGAGGAGGGUGCAAUGGAUGCGGUCUUGGUAAAUACACAUCAGUUUUACAAAUGGUUUUCUGAACUGGAAUCAGCUAUGAAAUCUGAGACGGAAGAAAAGUAUCGUCUGUAUGAGAGUACAUUAGAGGAACGUGUUAAAACAUGUGAUGGUAUUCUUCAACAAGUGGAUGACACACUGAGCUUAUUUGAAGAACUGCAAUCCUUGCAUUUGAGUGUUGCCACAAAGACAAAAACGUUGCAUGAUGCUUGCGACCAACUUUUGUUGGAGAAACAAAGGCUGAUUGAGUUUGCAGAAGCACUUCGGAGUAGGUUGAACUACUUCGAUGAAUUGGAAAAUGUCUCCACUAGCUUUUAUUCUCAAACUAUGAACAUUGGAAAUGAACAGUUUCUUCCACUCUUGAAACGGCUUGAUGAUUGUAUUUCAUAUGUUGAAAAUAAUCCACAAUAUGCUGAAUCUGCUGUUUACUUGGUUAAGUUUCGCCAACUUCAGUCUCGUGCAUUAGGUAUGAUUCGUUCACAUGUCCUAUCAAUACUUAAAGCUGCUUCAUCCCAGGUUCAAGCGGCAAUUCGAGGUAGCGGUACUGCAAAAAACAUUGUUACAGAGGGUGUGGAAGCAUCUCUUAUCUAUGUUCGCUUCAAGGCAGCUGCUAGUGAGCUCAAACCAAUCUUAGGUGAAAUUGAAAGUAGAUCUUCAAGAAAAGAAUACACACAGAUUCUCUCAGAAUGUCACAGCUUGUUCUGUGAGCAGAGGCUCUACUUGAUACGAGGCAUGGUGCAGCAACGAAUUUCUGAGUUUGCUAGAAAAGAGGCUUUGCCUUCUUUAACAAGAUCUGGAUGUGCCUAUCUGAUGGAGGCAUGUCAAUUUGAACACCAGCUUUUUGCCCACUUUUUCCCAGCAUCUGCAUCAGAGGCUUCAAGUAUUGCUCCUUUAAUGGACCCAUUGUGCACAUACUUGUAUGAUACUCUGAGGCCUAGACUGAUAUACGAGGGAAACAUUGAUUCUCUUUGUGAACUAGUUGACAUUCUGAAGGUUGAAGUCCUAGGGGAACAGCUAAGUAGACGUGGUGAAUCAGUAGCUGGGCUUCGACCAAUAUUGCAAAGGAUACUUGCAGAUGUUCAUGAGCGGUUGGCCUUUUGUGCUCGGACUCAUAUUCGUGAGGAGAUUGCAAACUUCCGCCCAUCUGAUGAAGAUCUGGACUAUCCUGGAAAGCUUGAGAGAUCUGUAGAUGCAACAGCAAGUUCUAAUGCCAGUGGCAACUCAGACAUAUAUGUUACAUGGUAUAGACCACUGGAAAAAACGGUGUCUUGUCUGUCAAAACUAUAUCACCGCCUAGAACCUUCAGUUUUUACUGGAUUAGCACAGGAAGCUGUAGAAGUUUGCUCCACAUCUCUUCAGAAUGCAAGCAAAGCCGUUGCAAAAAAAGCAACCGCGAUGGAUGGGCAGCUUUUCCUAAUUAAGCACCUCCUUAUUUUAAGAGAACAGAUCGCUCCAUUUGAUAUCGAGUUCUCAGUCACGCAUAAGGAGCUGGAUUUCUCCCAUUUGCUGGAUCACUUAAGAAGGAUUCUUAGGGGGCAGGUCUCAUUGUUUGAUUGGUCAAGGUCAACAUCACUUGCUAGGACGUUUUCUCCCCGUGUUCUGGAGAAUCAAAUUGAUGCCAGAAAAGAACUGGAAAAAAGCCUCAAAUCUACAUGUGAAGAGUUUAUAAUGUCCAUUACAAAAUUAGUAGUGGACCCAAUGCUUUCUUUUGUUACUAAGGUAACUGCUGUCAAAGUUGCACUGUCCUCAGGUAGCCAGGGUCAGAAAUUGGAUUCUGUUCUAGCAAAACCCCUUAAGACCCAAGCAUUUGCUUCUUCUGAUAAGGUUGCAGAGCUGGUUCAAAAGGUAGGGGCUGCUAUUCAGCAAGAUUUACCUAAAGUCAUGACCAUGAUGAGGUUGUAUUUGCAAAAUCCAUCUACUCGGUUGAUUUUAUUCAAACCCAUCAAGACAAAUAUAGUUGAGGCUCAUAUUCAGCUCCACUCCCUUCUGAAGUCGGAAUACACAGCUGACGAAAUCCAAUCUAUUGGUAUGUUGCCUGUAGGUGACCUCCAGUCUCAGCUGGACGCUCUUUUGUAGCCGGUAUCCAGACGCAACACUAUGUUUUGCUCGUCGAGAUGGUAUUUAUUAUAUCCUGAAGUACAGUAACUCCCGUUGUACAAGAGUUAUGUUGCAUUGUAAACUACUAUAGGGCUCUCUGUUACUGUGUAAUGGAGCGUUGUUCUUGUGUGGA